AAUAUAACCCUAUAGACUGUAGAAUCAUCUAACUAAUUAAGGUUUAGUACCACCUUCAACUUAUCAUGUUAUUUAUAGUUUAAAAAACAAGUUCCAGGUUCCCCGGACGGAAAAAUCUCACCAGAAAAUAAAACACCAGAACCGCUAACCGAAUUGGGACUGCACUGGAAAAAUUGUGAGACAGUCUUACCGAACUAAGCCAAAACUGAAACUUGUAAUUACAACACAUCAAUUUGAUAUCGAUACCAUUACCAAUUGAUUCAACAUCAAUUAAUACUGUGUGUGUACUGUACUAUAGUGGUGAGUUAUACCAAUUGAUCUAGUGGACAGCGUCACGUGUAUUGUUUUUCCAGUUCUGUUCGACUUGAAUGUCAGAUAUUUGGAAUCAAAUUAGAUUGUUAAUAGUAAGUGGCAGCAACAUCAACAUCAACAAAAACAACCUUCAAACUAUACCUAAAGGUUCUGGUUCAAACACUGGGAUUAUAGAUAGUAUUGUCAAUUAUUGGCAUUCAUUAACUUUAAGAAAACAACGAUUAUUAAUCCUUCAAAGUUCCAUUGUAUUCAGUGUAGUGUAUUAUAUCUUAUCACCAUCCAUCACAUCUCAACCACCAAUGUUUUCAAAACGACCAGAUAAGUAUACUACAGGGUUUAUCAAUCUUAGAAAUGAUUGUUUUGCCAAUAGUUCCCUUCAAGCUUAUCUGUCAUUACCUGGGUUAACUGAUUAUUUGAAUAAAUUCAUUAAUAAUUUCCAAAAAUUAAAUCAAUUCAUUAUUGAUAAUAAGAUUAAUAUUCAUCAAGUUAUUGAAGAUAAAUUAACUAUUUAUAAAGAAUCAAAUAAAAAAGAUCAUCAUUCUGAAUCUUCUUCAAAAUUUAAAAAUUCAAAUACAAAAUUCUCCAUCCCUUUACAUUUCGCUUUAGCGGAAAUUAUUAAGAAAUUACAAGAAACUCAAUUAAGUUCAAGAACCAUAAGUGUAUGGACGUUUUUACAUUGUUUAGAAUCGAUUUUUAAUGCUAAAAUAUCAAGAUCUCAACAUGAUGCUCAUGAAUUAACUCAAUUAAUCAAUGAAACUUUAGAAAAUGAAAAUCUAAAAAUCAUGAAAUUAUUAUCAUUCAUUAUAAAACAUUUACAUAAAUAUAUUAAUAAUCCAAACCCUCAUGAAUAUGAUUUAUUACAAUCAAUCAUUAUUCCUGAAUUCCCCUUUGGUGGUUUGUUAUUAUCUCAAUUCCAAUGUGCAAAAUGUAAUGGGGUUUCAACUCCUAAAUUUUCCCCAUUUACCAUGAUUACCAUCCAUGCUCCUGAGAAAUUAUCAUGUGAAUUGGAUACUUUAAUCGAACAGAAUGAAAGUGAAACUAUUGAUGGAUAUAAUUGUUUGAAAUGUAGAAUCGAUGCCAUUGUCCAGAAUGAAAAACUUUUAAAUCGAACAAUAACGGAUGAAGAUGAAUUAAAUCAUAUCAAUGAAAUUAAAAAGAUCUUUGGGGAAAAUUUUAAAACUUUCUGUAUAAAUGAAGAUUUACCAACUUUAUUAGAAACAUAUAUAAAUCAAUAUCAAACUCAAACGUUAAAUGGAUUUCAAAUUUCUCAAAUAACUUCAACCGUGAUAAAGAAAACCCAAAUUUUAAAACCACCCCGGAUUUUUGGGAUUCAUUUAUCAAGAUCAUCAUUUAAUGGAGUGGACAUUACGAGAAAUUCAUGUCAUGUAUCAUUCAAAGAUAAUUUGAAUCUUAGUAUUGGGAAAGAAUAUCGUGAUCGUCUUAAGGAUUUUCAAGACCUGAUUAAUAAUCAAGAACAGGUUGAAUUCAAUGAGAUUAAAUCAACUAAUGUUUUAACUCAUGAUCUUAAUGAUGUGGAAGAUGAAGAUGUUCAAAGGGAAGAUAUUGAUGAGAAGGGGAAUGAAGAAAAUGAAGAAGACGAAGAGGAAGAAGAGGAAGUGGACGAUGUGGAUGCUGAUUCUAAUACUUCUAGUACGGAUGAAAUUCCUGAAGGAGAUGAAGAUAAAGAAGAUGAUAGUAAUCCAUCUUCUAGAGGUACUUCAGUGGGGUCAAAAACUUCUCAAACUACUAUUCCUCAUAGUUCAAGUACAACUGCAACUAGUGCAGAUUCAACCUCCAAAACCAUUAAUAAUGCUCCUAUUUCCACUGCUCAAGAAGAUGAUUUAAGAGAUCAUUUCAAAAAAUUUAAAUUCAAUGAUAAUGACAUUUAUAAAUAUAAAUUAAAAGCUAUGAUUAGACAUCAAGGGUCUCAUACCCAAGGACAUUAUGAAUGUUAUAAACGUAAACCACUUUAUGCCAAGGAUAAAGAUGGAAAUAUCUUUAAAUUAACUCCCGAAAUCAAUAUUGAUGAUGAUUAUGAUUUAACUGCUAAUGGUGGUGAUGGAGAUGAGAAUUCUAGUACUCUUAUGAAUAAUACUACAAGUAUCAAAACUACAGGUUCAACCCCUAUGAAGAGAAGAUUAUCAAGUAUAAUGGGUAGUAAACCUUCUAUAAUCUAUCAAACCAAUACCGAAGAAUCCAAUAUUGAAGAAAUUAUUAAUUCAGGAUUAGCUACUCCUGCUGAAUUUUUAGUUCAUGAAUCAGUUAAUCAUAUAGAUGCAGCAUUUGCAUCUAGUUUAACUGAAGAUGCAUUCAAUAAGAAACAAUCUGACCAAGCUUCAUCAAAAGUUAAAAUGAAGAAAAUCCCUUCCAUCAUAAAGAAUCCUUAUUGGAGAAUAAGUGAUUCAAAUGUGAUUGAAGUUUCGAAACGUCAAGUUUUAGUAGAAACUUCAAGUGUUUAUAUGAUUUAUUAUGAACGUGUUGAACGUAAACAAAUCAAAUCCCGUCAUCAUUCAUGAUGAUAAUAAUAAUUCUUUACUCUAUCUAUUUAUUCCUUACUAUCUUUACUUAUUAUCCUAUAGACUUUAUUCUCGUGUGUAUUAUCUUUAAAAUAAAAUAAAAUUACUUUUCGUUAUAUAGUUCUUUUUGCGGCUUCACAGAAAAAAAAAAAAAGCAACAAAUCUAAAAA